AUGCCAUUAAAUUGGCAACGAGAAAAUUGGUCGGGAGGAUUCGUAUAUGGGCAACAAAUGCCUUUACAACCACCACCAUUUUAUUAUCCAAUGGAUAAUUUGACAAUGAAUAAAAGCUCAUCUAUUUUUAAUGGAAAGAACCAAAUUCAAGGUCAUUCAGUAACUCCUCAUACACCACGACGUGGAAUUCUGAAACAAACAGAAAAAUGGAGAACACCAAUGACACGUCGGUUAGUUCAUUUCAUGCCGGAACGUUGGCAAGGACAAGAAACAGCAGCUAAUAAUAUGACUUCACAUGAAUAUCGUGGUAUGUCAAUAACGACACCCAUUCAAGUGAAUAAGAAAGGUCAUAAUAGCAAUGUAGUUUCAGGACUAAAACGUUCAGGUACAAAGAAAACACCUGAAAAAGCUCAUCUUGACACACUUCGUAGAAGAGAAAGACGUCAGCGAAAUCGAGCAUUUUUACUUGAACAAAGUAAAGAAUUAGAUCGAUUAAGUGAUAAUCGUUUUAAUUUUCUCUCUGUAACGGAUGAUAAAGAAACUGAUAAAGAUCUUUCAGAGGUUGAUAAUGAAAUAGAAGCCAUGAAAGAUAAUGAACAAAGAAACUUGUCGAAACAAGAAAAACAAAAUGCUGGCACACGUAUGAAUGUAGUCAGUAAGAAGAGACAAGUUAAAACAACAACAGAAGUUAUGAUAAAUAACGAACAUGUUGUAAGUAAUAAAACAAACACGCGAGGAAAUAACCAGCAUCAAAUAAACGUAUCUAAUCCUGAAAUGGAACAAAAUAAUGUCGAACAAUCAUCGACUACUAAAGAUAAACGAAAAAUUAAAACAUAUUUACAAGGUUUUAAGAUUCUCGCUUAUCUCAAAGGUCGAGUAAUUAAUGAUCAUAAAUUGAAAUUCGAUUUAAAAGAUGCUUUUAAUGAAGUAUGUGCAUAUGCAAAGAAUACUAUUGAAACAUAUGAUAAAUGGGUACAUGAUCAUUAUGAAGCCCAAGUAUGGCAACGAUUCUAUGAUCUAGGUAAACGUAAAGAUCAUUGGGCUAAAGAAAUAGUUAAUAUUACACAUACACAGGAGGCUAAAACGAAUAUAGUAUUAUGUGAAAAGAAAAUUUCACAUUUUACAUCGGCAUGUUUCGAUGCUAAUAACAUCAUCACACGAAACAUGAGAGAAUUAUCAGCCACCGUUAUUGCUAAUAGAGCACAUGAUCUUAUGCUCGAUUAUAUUAAAGAAGUUACACAAGGUUUAUCAAAAAUGAGUAUCAAUAGAAUUCGUCGUGCUUCAAUUGAAAAAGACGAAUGGGAUGCUCUAAAAGCAUCUGAAAAUGUUGCAUCAGAACAACAAAAAAUCUAUGCUAAAACCUUCUGUAAACCAGCAUUAAAAGCCUAUGAAAAGAAAAAGAAAAAUUUUGAUUUGGUUGCUGCACACAUAUCAUCAUAUGAUAUAAUACCGAAAAUCUUACCACAAGAUGAUGUUUUUAAUCUUCUAGUAGACGAAAAUUCACUUUCAAGUGAACAAGUCCACGACAAUAAAGAGAACAUACAUAAGAUAUCAAGAGAUUUUCGUCUUGAAGCAACAGAACUCUAUCUGAAAAUCGUCAAAGAAGAAUUUGAAUUUGACAAAGAAAGAUUAGAAAAACUUCUUGAAGAUUUUCCACAAGAUAGUGAUGAAGUGCUACCAUUAACACAAAUUGUUAAUGAUGAAGAACCUUUUGAUGAUGAGGAAAAUAUUAAUAAUAAUAACGACGACGAUGAAGAAGAAGAAAUAUUUACUCAAAGACCACUACCGCCAAGGCGGAAAAAGUUGGUCCAUCAAGUUGGUUCACAAUUAUAUAGGAAAUUUGAUCAUUACAAAGAGAAAGCUCAAGCAUAUAUGAUCAAAACUAAAGCAUAUCAAGAUUUGGGUACCAAUAAUCUACUUGAAUCUCUGGUCGAACGUACGAAUGAGUUCCUUUUUGGUUUAUGGUACAAUAAACAUAUAACACAAAAACAAUAUGAGAAAUUAAAGGUUAAUAAAGAAGAAGCUGAAUUAGCUCACCUUUAUUUCUUACCAAAAUCACAUAAACCAGGAACACCACUAAGACCUAUAAUGUCUGGUCUUAAAUCGCCUACUAUAGCUAUAUCGAGAUGGUUAGAUAGUCUUCUAAGACCUCUAUUCGAUCGAUUAGCAAGCGAGAAUACUAUCGAAAAUGGAACUCAAUUAAUUAAACAAGUUGAAAAAUGGUCUGCUGACUAUCUUACACCAGCCACAUCAUUUAUAACGAUGGAUGUGGCCGAUCUAUAUACGAUGAUUCCACAGGAAGGAGGAAUAGCAGUCAUAAAAAAAGCUGAUAGAAGCAUCGAAUUUAAAACAAAUCGAUAG